CUGAGCGGCGAAACAUUAACACCACACACCCAACACACACUUCUCACUGAAAGUUUGUUGUUGUUGCUGUUGUUUUUAUUUACAAAAAGCUCAGAAACAGAAACCGAAACCCAAACAAAACAAUUCAAUUCGCAAACUGUUAUAAGGCGGGUGUCGGACAGUCGGUCGGUCGGUGUACGGUUAAUGUUGGUGUGCGUGCGAAACGAUUCCAUUGAUUCAUUCAGAACAACGCGAAACAAACGAAAUUUGUGAAAGAAAAGUGCAAAAAAAAACAAGUGAAGUGAAGAAGCAAAUAAGGCCUGGAAAAAGCCUUUCGACCAAUCCCAAAUAUAAAGUAUUACAAAUCCCCCUAAAAACCAAAACUAUAUAAUAAUAAUAAUAAAUGGCAACCCUGAAACCAUAUCAAUGCAAAAUGCAAAUCUUAAAGUGACAAGAAACAAGAACUUGAAAUCUAACAGAAAUUUUUAUUACAAAAAUCAAUUACAAUAACUAAAAAAAUAACUAACAAGAACAACACUCUCAUAACGUAGACGACGGGCAAAAAAAAAUAAGACAUGAAAAAAUAAAACAUGUGGUAAUCUAAUCGAGAAAAUGAUAAACGACGUAAGCAAAUCACAACAAAUAACAACAACAGCAAGAACUAUAACAAGUACAACGACAACUGCUACGACAGUCAUGGCGAUCCCCGAUAUGCAGCAAGAGCUCCAACAACAAAAUCCUGAUAAAAAGGCAGCAACAACACUGAUGACUAUAACAGCCGUAGUCGGCAUGCAGCAGCAUGGUAGUAGUAUUAGUACUGAUGAGGGAGGGGGUGGCUUGGGUGUGGGUGGGAAACAACGUCAACUAGCAGCAGCUGCUGAAGAUGACAAUAAGUUUCCCCACAACAACAAUAACAACAACACUGCCGUUGAAGCAACCCACACUUUUGCCAUAAACAACAACAACAACAAAGUCGAUGACAGAGAUUGUAAACAAACGACAACAGAGAUGAUCAAUAUGCACGAAGUCUCGCCGCCGCCAAGCCACUACACAACAAGUGGUUCGUACAAAACAACAACUACAACCGUAAGUGUAAUACAACAACAAUCACCACAAUAUUUAGAAGAGCAUAGCCCCAUAGUCGAUGAGCGACAGCCAUCAACAACGACAAAUCGAAAAUUACCAUACUCGUCAUUUGCUGGGGCGCCGAACCACAAGUCUCCGUCGACAACGAUAACAACGACGCCGUCGUCGCUGUCACAUUCAUUGUCUGUGAUAAACACAACAACAAUUCUGCCUUUGUCGUUGUCGCCGUUAACGGUAAAACCUUGCUCUUCGUUAUUAUUACAAAAUUCAACGACAACGACGUUGACGCAUAAAAACAUAACAAAUGUACCUAGGCAGGCCAGUUAUCACAGAACUCUGGAAACGGAAACAUCAAGCGUGAAUAGCCGCAAAGCUGACCAAUGUGAACUACUGGAAUACCAAACAAACAAGUACCAAGAUCAACAAAAACACCAACAACAAACACAACAAGUGGAUAGUAAUAAUAAAACAGCAUUAACAAGUCUAGCUGAACGCAAAGCUUUGCUUAGAGAAGAAUUUUUCAAAGAUUUUCCCCAUACAACAGUAACGGAUUAUUGUAAAACUACAGCCACAACAACAACAGUCUCAGCAACUGGCAAACUAACAGCCACACUCAGCAAACGUUUACUUAGAAAACAACACAAUUUGAAAUUGAAAAUUCCCGCUGUAAAGGCGGCAAAUUAUAAAAUCCCUCCCACCGAUUCUGCGGCCUCCUCGGAAACUUUAACUCCGAAUUUUAGCAACAAACCCUCUUUGGUGGCUUUGCGCAAAUUGGAUUUACAACGCAAAAUAGUGAGAAUUAAUUGCAGUGCCUUUCCCACGGCGGAGAAGACCAGCACGAAUAUUUUCCCCUGCUCCCAAUUUCCCAGUGUCAAAGAGUUGGCCAAACGCUUUGAUCGUAAUCCCCGUAAAAUGAUUGUUCCUCAGACCAAAGCGAAUAGCACAGAAAUGGAUAUGGCUUCGCUGAAACCAGAGGCCUUGGAUCAACGCAAUUCCCCGCUCUCCGAUGAAGGUUGCAAUUUGGGCCAAAGUCCCUACAGUUCGGAUGAUGAUGACAAUGACUCCAUACGCACCACCCACACAGCCAUUGAAAGACUACCUGCCAAGCGUAAAGAUAAAGUGGCCCGCUCGGCCAGCAGUGAUUCGGCAUUGGGUCUAGAGGUGGAUGAGUCCAUGGAUACUACAGAGCCCCAGGCCCCUAGCACACAGCAACAACAAAAGCGCCGCAUGACCUUGACAGUAACUGAUUUGCCCUUAAGGCCCGCCCUGUUGCCCUUGGCAGAACCUACAAUGCUGCCGGAUUCGCCACCCGUCGAUGUGGUGACCAAUAUAAGUGUGACUCAAACGCAAAUACCCUCCAAAGUCUUGCUGGAAGAGCGAGUGGUGGAAAUACCUGAAGAUCCUCGUUCCGGUGGCAGUUCCAGACGCGAGUCCUCACAAUCCUGUCUCAGCGAUUAUCCCUCGGGCGAUAUGCAGGGUGUACGCUUUGUACGCACCCCCUCCGUGGUGGUCUCCGACUAUUCCGAUGAUAUUAUGUGCGGCAUUACCCUGGAGGAAAUCGAAUACUUUCGUGCCCAACGCAUGCGUAGGCGACGCUCUUCGCUGGAUACCUCCGGCACCGAAAAAGAUGCGCUCGACAAUAACUCCGAUGUAAGUGCGGCCUCCUCGUGCAGCAAUCUCUAUUAUUGUGGCUCCACCAUCUCGGCCCUGGAUGGGGCCGAAUGCCUAGUCAAUGGCAUGCGCAUGCAAUUGGAACGUAAAGCCUCAGACUGCUCCACUUGCUCGGUGAGCGGCGAUGAGGAAUCCCCACAAAAUUCCUUUACCAUACCCGAACAACCUGAGGACUGCCAGGAUCUAUCCGAUAUGUUGGCCAAUCAGCAUCUCUCCUGCAAACGUUCCAAAAAGGUAGGUACUCCCGCAACAACGGGCUUGUUAAGGGUAGACAAUUUAAAAUUACCCUAAAGGGGGCAAACCAAAACAAUUCCUAGUCAUUGUUAGUUGUAUAAGAGUUUUGUUAUCUAAAUAUGUAUACUACCAUGUGUUUUAUUGUUAUGAUAUAAAACCAAAUCUCAUCUUA